CACACACACACACACACACACACACACACACACACACACACACACACCACUGGUCAACAGAGUGACAGGCCAUGCACAGAGAGGGAUAACCAGGGGCUCUAUCAGGGGCUGGACUGCUAACAGCUGCAAAGCGUUAGCGAGGUGGGAUUCCCAGUGCAAAGAUGACGGAGCGCUAUGACUGCCACUACUGUAAGGAAUCCCUGUUUGGGAAGAAGUACGUCCUGAGAGAGGAGAACCCAUACUGUGUCAAAUGCUAUGAGAGCCUAUACUCCAACACCUGUGAGGACUGCAAAAAACCCAUCGGCUGCAACACCAGGGACCUUUCCUAUAAGGACCGCCACUGGCAUGAGGAGUGUUUCCAGUGCUUCCAGUGUAAACGCUCUCUGGUGGACAAGCCCUUCUCCACCAAGGAUGACCAGCUGCUCUGCACUGAGUGCUACUCCAACGAGUACUCCUCCAAGUGCCACGAGUGCAAGAAGACCAUCAUGCCUGGUUCCAGGAAGAUGGAGCAUAAGGGUAACAGCUGGCAUGAGACCUGCUUCACCUGCCAGCGUUGCCAGCAGCCCAUCGGCACCAAGAGUUUCAUCCCCAAGGAGAACCACAACUUCUGUGUGCCCUGCUACGAGAAACAGUUUGCUAUGCAGUGUGUGCACUGCAAGAAACCCAUCACUACUGGUGGGGUGACCUAUCGCGACCAGCCCUGGCAUAAGGACUGCUUCCUGUGCACCGGCUGCAAGCAGCAGCUGUCUGGCCAGCGCUUCACCUCCCGUGAUGACUUUGCCUACUGCCUCAACUGUUUCUGCAACCUGUACGCUAAGAAGUGUGUCUCCUGCACCACCCCCAUCAGCGGUCUGGGUGGCAGUAAGUACAUCUCCUUUGAAGAGCGCCAGUGGCACAACGACUGCUUCAACUGUAAGAAGUGCUCCGUCUCCCUAGUUGGCCGGGGUUUCCUCACCGAGCGUGACGACAUCCUGUGCCCCGAGUGCGGCAAAGACAUCUGAUUGGAUAGUAACGAAACAACCAGGAAGUAAUAGAGUCCCAACAACGACUUAUCAGAGCACAACUGAGUAUCACUGUAUACAGUGAGGGAAAAAAGUAUUUGAUCCCCUGCUGAUUUUGUACAUUUGCCCACUGACAAAGAAAU